GCAAUCUUCUUUCUCUGAGUACAUCUGUCUUUCACGGGUUGCAUCUUCAUCACCCUCUUUUCUUUGAGGCUUCGCUUUCCCCGAUUCUUUCACUCACUACAAACCGCUAUCAUAAUACAAACCGAUACCCACAUAAUGAAGUCAUCCUUCAUCCUCGCCCUUGCCGGGCUAGCAUCCCGUGCCCUCGCCGAGGUCUGGCCCGAGGACAUGGUCCAGCCCCUCCACUUCGUCGGCGGCGACGGCGGCGACCCGUUCUCCUUUGUCGCCGACGACGGCGUCACGGUCGACAAGAUCCGCGUGUUCCGGAAGAACAGCCUCGUCGGCCUGCGCGUCGAGUUCAGCGACGGGCGCAUCGAGACGAUCGGCAACAACGACCGCGAGUCCAAGGAGUACAAGUUUGACGCGGCGCUCAGCGAGCACAUCACGGCCAUGUCGCUCUGGGGCAACGGCGUGGGCACGCGCACGGGGCGGAUCCGGUUCGAGACGAACACGGGAGGCGUCUUUGACUUUGGCCAGAACACGGACGGGCAGUCCGAGUUCCCCAUCGAGGUCGGCUCGGGCAUCCUGAUCGGCCUGGAGGGCAGGGCAGCAAAGGAGAUUGACAACAUGGCGGCCGUCUUCCUCCGGCCCAUGGUCAAGGUCUUCUACGACGACGUCGUGUACAAGGACUUUGACGCCCGCGCGGGCCUCGAGGUCAAGUCGCUCGACGAGCAGGUCGCCAAGUUCGACGGUGUCAACGUCACGCACACGUUCAAGAGCGAGCGCGUGUUCGACAGCACGCGCAGCUUCUCAAAGACCUUUAGCAGCACGCUGGGCUUCGGCGCAAAGUACGUGACGGGCGUGCCCGAGGUCGCGCAGGUCGAGCUCUCGACACAGUGGUCCAUGACCGCGGCGUCGGAACACACCGAGACGGAGAGGUUCCAGCGCAACAUUGGCUGGUCGGUCACAGUGCCCCUGGACAGCCCAGAGGAUUCUUCUUUGUGCACAGCCAAGAUCAGCGAGGGCAAGCUGGAUCUCGAGUGGACCGGCACGCUCAACCUCAUCGUCGACGCCGGCGACGGUGUGGAGGGCCGCCACUGGAGGGGUCCUGCCCGCGGGCGGAUGACCAACAUCGACAGCUCAAGGACCGAGGCUGUCUGCAAGAAGCUCUCGGAGACCACCAAGCGUGCUUAUAUCGGGGGAGGUUCUGCCAGGGCCGCGGCAUACUAGAGAUGGCCUUCACAUGAUUCAUGAUAUGGUAUAGACUUUGGGGACACAUAGCAAAAUAGACUUGUUUCGAUUCAGCG